AAGUUGGCGACAUUUACCGGAAGUUACUAUAGAGAUCAACUUAAUUAUUUUUCUCUCUAAUCGAUUUGUCAAUUUUGGUUUUAAUUUCGGAAUUUUUGUGAUAAAUUACAAAAAUUAUUGUAAAAAUGGGCGUUGUACGAUUUGCAGUUAAAUCGACAAUUGCUGGCGGUUUACUUUAUUUUACAAUUCGAGAGGGUGUUUGGUCAAAUCAGGAAGAAAGUGUCAAACUUUAUGGGAAAAUUUACAAUAAAGUUGCACCCCUCGUGAAAGAUAAUGUGCCAAAGGAUUUAAUUAGCGAGCUUCCGGAUUUGCCAAGUACAACAGACAUUUCUGACAAGAUGAGAAAUUCUUGGAAUUCGGGCGUAAUGGUCAGCAUGAAAUUUCUCUCCCAGUUACCUAGUCACACGAAGAAUGGAAUAAAUUCAAUUUUAGAAAUUCCUGCCAUCAAGGAUGCUGUUUCCGGUGAAAAAAGUCCCUCUGAAUCUAGUAAAACACAGUGAACCCGCCUUUCCGUCUAACAAUAUUUUGUAGAUUAUUUAUUUCCUGUUGAAUAAAUUUUAACUGUUUA